AUGAUGAGAUUGUCACUAGUAAGUCUCGUUUCAUUAGCUACUGCAGCAUCGGCCCAGCCUUACUAUGACUACACACUAAAAGGAGAGGAGAAAUGUGCGAUGAUUAAUAUUGCAAUGGAUGAAUCCGGUUCCAUGGUUGGGGAACAUGAUUUCAUGAGGACACGAGCGGCAAAACAACUAGUAGACCUUUUGCAAAGCCCAGGGCCCAAGUUUACAAAGGUCUUCGUAUGCUCCAACGGAUUUGGAAACAACUUUCAACUGUACCCCGAAGCAGAUGCAGAUGGAUAUCGCCACAUUGGAUGCUCACUGGGGUACGAUGCAUCUAUUCUGCAAUACAACCUCAAUGUUGACUCACGCACAGAAGAUGGCUAUUCUGCCACGACCAAGUCCAUUGAUCGUGUGCCAGCAGUGAUUGGAGGAGUCGACCUUGCUCAAACCUGUGGAUUCAUGGCCAAGAACAUGAUCUUGGUCACAGAUGAAGAUCGUGAUGCUAUCACAGAUGUUACGAAAGAGCAAGUAAGAUCCCGUCUUGCUGAGACAGGCUACAUCUACAACAUCAUUGUCAAUGUCUUCAUCAACUCGGACUGGAGCGACAAUAUCAUUGGAAUGCGAUACAACUACAACACAACCGACUAUACCAGACUCGCCACUCCCGAGAUGGUGUUUGUCCCUACUAGUGGCGGAGAUACCACUGGCGAUACCACUUCUCCUCCACCUCCUGACGGCUCCUAUGUGCCACCGUCCGAUGGCGGGAUGACUUUCCCUCCACCUCCUGAUGGCUCCUAUGUGCCCCCGCCCGAUGGCACCACUUCCGGAUUCCCUGCUGGGUUUCCUGGUUUCCGGCGAAAGCUUCAAACCGCCCCAUCCAUGUAUUUCAAGUUCUGGACCCCAGAUGUUCCAAACGAACUCUUCGCAGUGAAAGAGGAUUCAACCGGAGCUCUCACAUCUGAUUACGUAGAGAUCGAGGAUCCUGGAAGAAUCUACACCGAAGUCAUGACAAAUGGACAUGGGCUCACCAUUCAAGAUUACGGAGAAAUCAUUGAGAAUACUCAAGGAGCAAUCUUCUCGAUCCGGACCUUGCGAAAGGGUUAUGCCGGUGGAGGACAAGAGCAGAUCUCGGACGCUUUUGCUGCUGCCUUGGUGGAUAUCAAGGUCUGCGAAAUGACCAGGUGCCGUACCCCAGAAAUUGCUGCCGAUCCCCAUAUUAUCACCUGGAAAAACGAGCAUUAUGAGUUCCACGGACAGUGUGAUCUCGUCUUGGCCAAGGAUCCUGACUUUGCCGAAGGAAUGGGACUCGAUGUCCACAUUCGUACCAAGAUUGUUCGUUACUGGAGUUACGUCCAAUCUGUGGCCAUUCGCAUUGGCAAUGACAUCUUGGAAAUCCAAGGCGGUACCGAAAUGAAUACGGAGGCCGAGUACUGGGUCAACUUUGAACACUUGGGUGACUUGACCACCUUUGCGGGAUUCCCAGUGUACCAAGAAUCCAACAAGAUCCACCGUCGCUCCUACACUAUUGAUUUGAACUCCAAGUAUCCCGGCAAGAAGAUCUUCAUUGAUUUGUAUAGAGAAUUCGUCCGCGUCAAGCUUGAUGGUGGCUUGGAGACCUUUGGCAAUACCGUCGGGCUCUUAGGAGAUCCACGUUCUGGUUCACUGCUUGCUCGAGAUGGCGUCAAUUCUUUUGAAGAUUACAUCGAGUUUGGCAACGAGUGGCAAGUCCUCCCAGCUGAUGGCCGCCUCUUCCGUCAAUCGGCACACCCUACCUUCCCAGAGCGUUGUUUGCAACCCGAGGAUGCCCAAGGUGAGCGCCGCCGCCGAUUAGAUGAAUCUUCCAUUUCGGUUGAACAAGCAGAGGCUGCGUGUGCUUCCUUGAAGGACCCAUUGACCAUUAAGGAUUGCGUGUACGACAUUCUGGCAACACAAGACUUGGAUAUGGUCGGCGCAUUUUAG